AUGGCGAGUUCAAGGAUACCGUCUGUGUCCCUCUUUGGCUCGAAGGCGCCAGUUAAAAGAUCAUCAGCUACCUCCAAUUUUCUGCCUGGUUUCAGCAACAUGAUCUCAAAGACUUAUCGAGCUGGCAGAAUUACCUGUGAUUAUUCCUGUUUCGAGAUAAAGGGUUUAAGCUAUCGACCUCCAGGAACCGAAAUUGAUCUUCUGAAUGGAGUUAGUUUAUCCCUUCCUGAGAAAAGCUUUGGGCUGAUUUUUGGACGAAGUGGAAGUGGGAAAACUACUCUUUUACAGCUAAUUGCUGGGUUAAGUAAACCAACAUCAGGCUCAAUUCACGUUCAAAGAUAUGGUGAUGAUGGUCAGCCGAAGCAGUCUCCAGAACUGUUGCAGCCUGGAAGAGUUGGUAUUGUUUUCCAGUUUCCUGAAAGGUUUUUUAUUGCAGAUAAUGUUCUUGAAGAAUUAAUAUUCGGGUGGCCAAGACAAAGAGUUGGCUUGCAAUUGAGAGAACUUCUUACUUCAAGGCUCCAUAAAGCAAUGACAUCGGUUGGUCUAACUGGAAUCUCUCUGGACAAAGAUCCCCAGUCCCUUAGUGGCGGAUACAAACGACGGCUUGCCUUAGCAAUUCAGUUAGUGCAAACUCCAGAUCUGUUGAUAUUAGACGAGCCUCUUGCUGGUCUUGACUGGAAAGCCCGUGCGGAUGUUGUUAAGUUGUUGAAAGACUUGAAGAAAGAGCUUACAUUGCUUGUUGUCAGCCAUGACCUUAAAGAGCUGUCAUCACUCGUAGACCAGUCUUGGAGGAUGGACAUGGGUGGAGUAUUGAAGAGGGAAUGCUUGCCUUUCUGA